CCAGAAAAGUGGCAUGGGGCUGCUUUUUCCGUGCACCAAAAGAAUAUCUUUUUCAAUACAAUCAAUCUAGAUUUUUAAAAAUGUAAUCAAUCAUCAAUCUAGAUUUUUACGAAUGUAUUCUAUACGAGAUUAGUUUUCUGUUAUGAAUAAUAAUGGCUUCAGCCAAGGACGAUGAUGAUUUUUGGUAUGGGAGUGAAAAACGAUCGUUUUGCUUCGAAAGCAAUGAGGGAGAUAAUCUCUUUGGAGUAUCAAAAUCUGGAACUGCUCUUUUACGGGCCGGAAUUUCCAGUAUACAAGUAUCAGAUAAUUAUUUGAAAGCUGACGAUCCUCAAUGGAACUUGAAACCCCUACUGUCUGUUAUUUCAGAUAAAACUCUCAAUAAUAUUUUAACGGCGGACAAAGCACAGAACCAAAUCGAUGAAUCUGGUGGAGUUCAGUCGGAUAUAACUUUGAGAAGAAUUUUACUAGGACAAGCAGUUUCAUUGGAACAGUAUAGGUCUCUAGCCAGUAAAACUUCACUUAUCGACGGAGCUAUUGCCAGUGGAAAUGGAAAUGCCAUUCUAGGUAUAGUAUUAUUUAUAACGAAAACGUUAAAAUCGUCCUUAGUUCAAAAGUUAUUGAUGGAACGACCAGAAGCAAUGCAUUCUUACUUGCAUUACCUUUCCACAAGACUGCAGACCAAUGAGAUUACCGAUCUUCUUACAAUGCAAGGCCAAACUGUUGAUGCAGCUAUCAGACAUUUGCACAUUAUUAUAAAGAAUACAAGGAAUAGCGAAAGGCUUUUACAAAAACUUCGUAACUGCUACAAGACACAAUUUAUGGACUUGCACGAUACUCCAGAGUCCAAAUUUGUUAAUUCGUAUAUAAAACUAUUAGAAUGGCAAACGGCAGUAAAAGACACACAAUUCAGUGCCCAAUUAGAAGUAAAUUCUUCGAUAUUUGAAUGUCUUGAACACACUUGUAGAGAUCAUUGGGAUGUUUCUGAGGGAAGUCUUAUUUCUCCAACAACUUUAUUAAAACAACAUCAUAUUUCACCUCGCCAGUACGAAAAAGUAGCAUUAAAAACGAGGGCAUCUUUGCAAGCGUGGGACGAUAUUGAUCAAUUACUUCAUAUUAAGGGUUGGCUAGGCGGUAAAAAAUUCCAAACAUCUCUAUCAAUAGAAGAAAUACUUAAAAUAUUGCAAAACAGCAAAGCACCAUCAGCCGUUCUCGAAAAGUUUCUUGGCUACGUAGACAAUACGAAAAAACGGCUUGAAAUUGCAAAAAGCAUUCAGUGCUACAAAAGCGUCAUUGAUAUUCUCGUUUCGCAAGGAGAUCGUACGGCAUUACUUGAAUAUAAAGCUAGUCUUCAGCCCCAAUCUGAGCAAUAUUUCUACGCCGAAAAUGGUCUGCAUAAUCCAACCAUAAAAUGGAGAAAUUAAUUAAAUGAUAAAAAAUUUUUAACUGUAACCAUAAAGUAUAAAAUAAGUUGAUAAAAUUUAUCAUAUCGCUUGAUAACAUUCACUCAUGAAAUAUUAAUUGUACAUACAGACAAAACUCAUUGAAUUUCUCUCAAAAGAACGUGAUAUACGUACUCAAAUUAAACAAAAAUAUCACAAAAACUCAGUAAUAGUUAAUAAAUUAUUUAUAAACAAA